AGUGCAUCCCAAAUGUGCACCUUCAUGUGUAAAAGCCUUGAAGACAAGUUGCAUCAGCCGCUUUGGCGUUGGCACAUCUGAAACUUCAGCAUGACUCAGUGACUUGCAGCUGUGCUCGAAUCACAUUGUCUGUGUUCAGCCUUUCACUUUGAGCCGAUCACUAACUUCAGAAACUUCCAGAAAAGCCUGAAAAGAUCAAGAAAAGGAGAUAAAGAGGAGUCAGGAGGACUGCAGCAGCAGCAGCUGCAGGUCGAUUUCUUCUCUGUUGCCAGGACAGCCAAAACUAAUGAGUGGUGUUUGAGACGAGCCGGAGAAUCCUCACAGGACGGCUAUUAUUGCAGUAUGAGAGGAGAAAUCCCAGAGGACGCUGUGAGAGUCAACAAGCUGUGCAUCUCCUCUGCACAAAGACAAACUAACACUGUCCUCUGAAGCUGCUCUGAAGUCAAAGACGAGUUCAACCGACUGAGUGAGGCAGAAAAAAUGUGAAAUUCACUUCAGAUUCAGAGCAGUGAGCUGUGUUGUUCUUUAUAAAAUUACAUAUAAAUCAAAGUUAGCAUGUUUUAGGUAGAUUUAAUGUUAGUGAAUGGCUGAUAGUGGUUUUAAAAAGAUCAUAUGUUGUUAUUUUUGCCUUUCCAGUAGUGUUGACUGUGAAAUUUCACUAUUUUGGACUUAGAUUUCCAUUGAGCCACCUGCAAUCGUCAAAAUAGAAAAAACAUGAGGUAAACACUUGGGUUUAUGAAAAAAGUCACCUAUAUUUUCACUGUUACAUGCACAUUAAAGUCUAAUAUGCACAGUCAUCUCAGCUGGUAACAUGAUUUUAGUGAAAAAUACAUUCAGUUAUGCAAAAUAUCCCUGAUAUUUAUGUCAGACGUAGAUUUAAACUGCUACUUGUUUCAGAUUUAAUUUGUUGUUGAGGAUGUUAUAAUUUAGGAAUGACAAACAAAACUAACUUUUUCACCACCUAACAAACAGCAGCUUCUAUAGACAUUAGCUGUUUUUUGGUGGAGCUCGAUUUCACUUCUACUUCAUUCUCUUAACUUAUAAAAUUCAUUGUUACUCGAUGAAAAUUCAGUUCAAGACUCGACAUAUCUUUGGUUUGUUUUAUGUAACAGCUCUGCUUUUUUAGUUUCUUGCCGCAAAUUGUUCAAAAAAACAUCCAGAAAAUCGUUCUGCAACUUAGAGAAAAUGUCAAAGUUAAAGUCUUUAACUUGAUCCAUCAGGAGCGUAAAACCAUCAGUUCAUGGGAUCCUGCAGAAACGCUGUAACCCACAAUCCAGGAAAGAAACGGCCGAGUCAGAGCGGGGCAGCCAAGACAAACAAGUGGACUUUGUAAAUGACCGAUAACGGGACCUGAGUCUAAUUACAGGGCGGCCUCUCUCAGUGAGAGUUGAAAUGUUAGGUUGGGGUUAAAUAUCAGUGUUUUUGUUCGUCAUAACUGGAUGAAAUAUUGUUGGCAGAGCCCAGAGAGCUCUUCUGGCACCGGGUCUGAAGAUUUGAUGGGUUUUCUCAGGCUGCAUGCACGCCUGACUCAGCAGUGAAGUUAUCAGUUCUGACAUGUCAAAGCCGAGUGAAUCCAGCCGGUGUCUGCUGAGAUGUCGAACUCUGCCUCUACAGCGCUGCGACUGAAUGUGACUUUCUAGAAGUCUUAGAUCAACCUGGGACUGUUUUCACUGACAUGUUUUCUCUGUGUGUUUUCUUGAAGCAGAUGAACCCGAUGAAGUCCAGCCAGCUGAUGAAAGAGGAGUGACCACUUCAUCCUCUUCUUCUCCACCAAGAGGCCAGCUGAAGAGGCACUCCCUCAGCCCGCCUCUUUUUGUCACCAUUUCUUCUUUGAGUCGGUCCCCCAAAGCGUUUCAAAACUGUUUCUCCAACGCUUUUUCCAGAAACUCAGACUGUUUUCCAAAGCAGAAGCAGCACAGCCCUCCCAGACUGAGGUGAUGGGAAGCGUGCGAGCCAGCCGCUACAGCAUUGUGUCAUCAGAGGAGGACGGCAUGAAGCUUGCCACUAUGGCAGUGCCUAACGGCUACGGGAACGGCAAGGGCAAGGUGCACACCAGACAUCAGCCGCAGAGCAGAUUCGUAAAGAAAGACGGUCACUGCAAUGUACACUUCAUCAAUGUGAGCGAGAAAGGUCAGCGAUACCUGGCUGACAUCUUCACUACGUGUGUCGACAUCCGCUGGAGGUGGAUGUUCAUCAUCUUCUGCCUUGCCUUCCUCCUGUCCUGGCUCUUCUUCGGCUGUGUCUUCUGGUUGGUGGCCAUCUUUCAUGGAGACCUGGAAAGUGACGCCCCGAAGUGUGUCUCUAAUGUCAGCAGCUUCACUGCUGCCUUCCUGUUCUCCAUCGAAACCCAAACGACUAUCGGCUACGGCUACAGAUACGUGACUGACGAGUGCCCCAUCGCCGUCUUCAUGGUGGUUUUCCAAAGCAUCGUGGGCUGCAUCAUCGACGCCUUCAUCAUCGGCGCAGUCAUGGCAAAGAUGGCGAAGCCCAAGAAGAGGAAUGAGACGCUGGUUUUCAGCCAUAACGCCACAGUAGCCAUGAGGGACAAUAAGCUCUGCCUGAUGUGGCGUGUAGGCAACCUGAGGAAGAGCCACCUCGUUGAGGCACAUGUGCGAGCUCAACUCCUGAGAUCCCGCACGACAGCAGAGGGGGAGUACAUCCCCCUGGACCAGAUGGACAUAGAUGUCGGCUUUGACAGCGGGGUCGACCGCAUCUUCCUGGUCUCCCCGAUCACCAUCGUCCAUGAGAUCGAUGAGGACAGUCCCUUCUACGACAUGAGCAAACAGGACCUAGAGACCUCUGACUUUGAGAUUGUGGUCAUCCUAGAGGGCAUGGUGGAGGCAACCGCCAUGACCACGCAGUGUCGCAGCUCCUACGUUGCCAGCGAGAUCCUCUGGGGUCACCGAUUCGAGCCUGUGCUCUUCGAGGAGAAAAACUACUACAAGGUGGACUAUUCCCGCUUCCACAAGACAUACGAGGUGCCGAGCACGCCACUGUACAGCGCCAGAGACCUCGCAGAGAAAAAAUACAUUCUCUCGAGCUCCAACUCUUUCUGCUACGAAAAUGAGAUGGCACUAGAGAACAAAGACGAUACCGACGAGGGGAACGGGGGCAGCGUGGGGCCCGACGGCACCCAAACAGACAACAUCUCAGAGAACGAGCACAGCCAGGCCACGGUGCCACUAGAGCCCCGUCCUCUGAGACGAGAGUCCGAAAUAUGACUGCUGAGCCCUCAGACCUGCUGUGAGGGUUUGUCUGAAUUCACCUCUCUGCUCCUGAAGGCACGGCGAGCAGAGCUGGGCCUGGGGUAGAAGAGGGCAAGCGGAACGGUACUGCUGAGGAGAGCGGCGAGGGGUUGGACUUUGUAUGUAGGAGUCAGUCUGAACUUUGACUACAUGCAGUAUGACAAAACAUAGCACUACCAUGGACAAUGUGCAUUUUGCAGGAGGAAUUCUCAAUAAAGUCCCCAUGAAUGUGUGCUUGGUGUCUGGUGGCUGCAGAGUUGUGAAGACUUGAAAACUGCAGGCAUGUCUCAGUUUGUCUGUCCGGCUUGAACAACACGCUUUCCGAAAGGAGCGCUUUUAAAAACGCUCCUGAGUGCUGCUAGAAAAUAGUCAAAGUCAAACUUGUUUGGUAGAAGCGGAGAGUACACUAAAGGUUAGAUGUCUGGAACAAAGUCGGUACAGUAGAGUAUUUGUUCAGGAGCUGGUCUCAUUUAAGACAUCAGAUUAAAACGUUUCUCUAAAGGUCAACAGACGUGUCCUUCACUUUUUCCUCUUCUUACACAGCACUGAUUUCUUUAUCCUGGACCUGAGAGACUGUUCAUCGCUGGUUAGACUGAUAGAAACAUGCCUGCUCACGAGGAGACAGAGCAGGGGAGUAUUAGCGUCAUCAAACUGACAGAGAAAAUCGUUAAUUUAAAGAGACCGGGGUUUAUGAGAAUCUGAAUGUUCUUAAAAGUGCUGCUAUGAUGUUGCUUUUUUUUUUUUUUUUAAACGUUUGAUAAAAAAGUGCCAAAGAGUAUUAUUAUUAUUAUAAUUAUUAUUAUCAUAGUUAUUGCCUUUCUGAAAUCAAAGACCUGGCUAGAUUUGGUACAGAGAAGUAGAACAUGUAGGAGUUUUAAUAAGGUUUGUUUUUCAAGAAUGUGUGUACAGUUUAUCACUUUUUACAUCCUUAUCUUGAGCCACUUCAACAAGCCUUAAUCUGGAGGUAAAAAGUUAACGAAAUCAGCCCAAGUGGCGAAGGCUUUACUGUAAAAAAAAGUACAAGAAUGACGAGCUGGCUGGACUGAAUCCAGAAGGAGAUGUUUGGAGGAUUUUAGCAUCAACUUGAGACAAAACCUCAAUUUUUAUCUUGUGUGCAAACUUCUUUCUAAUGUCUGUCGUUUUGGCUUCAUGCAGACUGAAGUCCAGCCUCCUUUAUCACCAACACUACUUGACUUCUCAUUCUCUGUUGCAGUGCUUUUGUUUCACGUGAGAAUGUAAGAUUUUAAAAGUUGUUUCUUAAAGCCGAACGUGCUGUAACCCUGCAGAGAGCGUGCUGCACAAGAGUUUGCAUGAACAUGAAUUUUAACUUUUUAAAAGAAGACAAAAAAGUGACAGAAAGCCCCCGGGCUCCACAGACUCGACAUGUGUAUAUACCUCCCUGUCCCCCUUUUUGCAGUUCUUUUGUAUCAGUCUUCCAAAUGUACUGCAAAACAAAGGAAUGUACAGAUUUUUGUAUUAAUAUUAUUGUUAUUAUUAUUAUUGUACAUGUUAUUAUAUUGCUCCUUUUUCAAUAAAAUGUCAGUGGACAAUCAGAA